UCAACUCGUAAAGAUCUUCGUUGACAGGUUUUUAUUCAAGGAAUACAUAAUGACGGAAUAUUCGAGAGUGGUAGUAAAAGAACGCGAUUGGGAGAUUUCAAACGCAUACGAGAUUGUUACAUUUCUUGGCGAAGGAUCUUUUGGACAGGUGGCCAAGGUGAGGGUACGUGGAACUGAAAAUUAUGUGGCCAUGAAAAAGCUAUUGCAUGCUUUUGAUGAUGAGGAGAACGCCAAAGGAACUUAUCGCGAAAUCCGUUUGCUAAAGCAUUUCGUUCAUCGCAACGUAGUUGGCCUGUUGAACAUUUUUUACCCACCAUUGCGAAAUCCUGUACGCUCAGUAAAUGAUUUUGAAGAGGUUUAUUUGGUGACUCAACUGAUGGAUGAGGAUCUUCACCGUUUUUCACGCUCUAAUAGGAUCUCCGACUACCACAUAAGAUAUAUCCUUUACCAAAUCCUGCGGGGUCUCAAGUACAUUCACAGUGCUGGCGUUCUUCAUCGGGAUUUGAAGCCCGGCAAUAUAGCAGUGAACCAAAACAUGGAGGUGCGUAUACUGGACUUCGGUUUGGCCCGCUUGUGUAGUCAAAAAAUGACACGUGCUGUGGGGACCCUCCGUUAUCGAGCCCCCGAAGUGCUUUUCUGCUGGGAAGACUAUACAAAAGCCAUUGAUAUGUGGUCUGUCGGGUGUAUCCUAGCGGAACUUAUUUCGGGUUAUGUCCUGUUUCCUGGUGGCCACUAUUUUAAUCAAUUGGAACACUUGCUAAACAUAAUGGGAAAUCCAUCUGAGAGAUUUAUGAGGGGAAUAACCAACAAGUAUUCCCUGAAGUACUUGGUGGAGUACCCUUUUCGGGAAAAACGCGACUUUCAUGUUAUGUUCCCGGACGCCAAUCCCUUGGCCAUCGAUUUGAUGCAGAAGCUGCUCGAAAUGGUGCCGGACGACCGGAUAACGGCCGAGGAAGCAAUGCACCAUCCUUAUCUAAGGGAUUUUAUUGAGCCACACCAUCACGACGAGGACAUCGCCCUGCCGUAUGAACAAAACUUUGAAAACAUGACACAAUCUGUAAAUUGCUGGAAGGAAUUAGUUUUACACGAAAUUAACGAUUUUGCUAAUAGGGUUUCCUAAGAAUUAUGUAUUUAUGUCUUGACAUAUCUAAAUGUAUUAUCAUUGGUUUCAGCAACAAGCAAUGCUACUAAAAAUGUUUUAUAAAAAUACACACAUAUGUUACGUUUAAGAAACUAAGAACUGCUUAAUAAAUAAAACGUUUACAAAGUU